AUGCUGGAGAUUUCGCCGUGGGAGACGCUCGUGAAACUGCUCACCGACUCGCUGCUCAACUGCACCGGAGCCCAUGAGGACGUGCCGCAUUCGAAGCAUUUUCUCAGAUGUGAGUACGCCGCCCGCGGCGAGCUCUCUUUUUGAACUUUUUGGUGUGUUCAGCCCUCACGACGACGUACAUCGCCUCGUUGGCAGUGGCGACGGCGGUCACGGUGGGCACAAUCUGUCUGGCGGUCCUUCAUUUGGUCUACAUCUCCUUCUACAUCACACACUCGAACCGACGCCUUCUGAUUGUCCUUCUGGCAUGCACGGCGCCGGUAGGGACCGUCUAAAACUACAGUACUCCUCCCAUCUCCUACUUCUUCUUCUUCUUUCAGCUCGUCUCGAUUCUGGCGCUCGUGGCGAUGUACAUGCCACGUGUGUGGUUUCUCUCGCACCUCCUCUCGUUUCUCUACUUCUCCUUCGCCCUCUGGGUCAUCAUCUGCCUCCUUUUGCACAUUUUCGGCGGCCAUCACGCGCUCGUCUCGAAAAUGAUGCAGCGGUUACAGUACGUCGAGAUCGCGACACCGCCGUUUUGUUGUCUGUUUCCGUGCCUGCCCAAGGUCCGGCUCGAGGGGUGAGUCAGCUGGGAACGCGAAACGAAUGACAUCAUUCCGGUGUUGUAGGAAGAAGAUCCGCUGGUGCGAACUGAUGGUCCUGCAGGCGCCCGUCGUCCGUCUCUUCGCCACACUCAUCUCGCUGAUCAUCUACUUUGAGUAUCAGGAUCAGGGUCUUGUGUAAGUCGCCCACCAACCACGGACCACUUGCAAAUGGCGCUUUUAAGACCGCUCAAAGUGCUCGACUUCAUCACCCUGCCCUCCCUUUUGGCCGGAAUCUACGGCACCCACAUGCUCGUCACGACCGUCUCCCGAAUGGUUCGUUGCCUUCCUCUUUCGCCCUUUCCCACGUACAUCUACCGUAAUCUCAGGAUGAACUCGUCUCGUACCGGUACGUCGUCGUCUUCCGACUUUUGGACUUCUUCUUCAUGGUCUUCGGUCUCCAGCAGCCCGUCUUUGAUUUUCUCGCGCGAUACGGAGCGUUCGGCUGCGGAACGGUUCUGCCCGCCAUCGAAACAUCUUUCUGUAAGUACGCUCUACCGAAAUCUGGGCGGAACUUUGAAUCUGUCGCAAAAAGAGCCGCAUUUAUAUAUUUUUUUGAUGGAAAAUUGAAAUCUAGCACUGAAAAUGGUUGAAUUUCAGUGUUCGAACACUUAAAAUGCCUGUUUUUGUUUGAAAAUCAAUCGAUAACACGUUGCAGACUGGAAGAACUUCUUCACGGUGAUGGAGGCGUUCUGCGUGACGCUGAUCAGCACGGUCCUCCUGCAGCCGUCCAAGUCCUCGUUCUUUGACAAGCACCCGUCGUGCCGCUCGAUGAGCUCCGCGCGGAGCACAAUAACCGAAGUGGACACGGACGAGUCGACCACUUGA